UUAAUUUCUCUUCAAUGUUACAAAAAACUGUGUUAAAGGUUGAUCUUUCUUGCCUAAAAUGCAGGAAGAAGCUACUCAAGGCAGUGUCUGCACUAGAAGGUGUUGAUAAAAUAGAAGUUGAUGGAGCCAAGGGAACCCUAAGCAUUACAGGCAAAGCUGAUCCAUACAAGAUCAUAGUAAGUGCAAGAAAAGUUGGGAAACAUGCAGAUGUGGUGAGCGUUGGGCCACCACCCAAACCGGCGGAGCCCCAAAAAAAGGCAGAGGGGAAGGGUGGCUCAGAUGAGAAUAAGAACAAGAAGAAGGGAAACGAAGCUGAAUCAGUCAUCUACAACCCUCACACUUGUCCCCAAUGUGAAACCCUAGUUUUUAUACCAUUGGAUCGUUGGAAUGAGCCCUACCAUUCGUGUUCCAUCAUGUAACGAUUCAAUUCAACCUUUUUAUUUGCCUCUCAGCUCAACCUAGCUUCUAGCUAGUUUAGAAUUAUAUAUAGUGUGCUAAUUAAAUUGGUUU